UAUAUUAUAUAUAGUCCAUGCUUCUGAACAGCCCUGCAGUAAUGAAUGCAUGUGCACAGACAUUAGUGAAGGGAAAUCAGUUUGGGGAGGUGUAUGUGCUUGAUGUCUUACUCUCAGAAGGCUAUUACAGCGAUUGAGUAAGAACAUAUUGGUGAAAUAUUGGUCAAUCCCUGGACCUUGGGUUUCUAACUCAUUAUGUGUUUCAUGAUGUGGAUAUGCUGGGAUCUAAAAUCUUGUCAUCAAGAACAUGGACUUUGUUGGAUGGCUUAUGGCAGUGGAGACCUGUAUAUUCACCACAUAUACAUACUUGCUUAUUGCAGCAGCAUGUUAAGAGCUGGCAGAGGAUUCUUUCCACAAGCUGUGCAAAGUGUGCAAAAAAACAACAGCUGAAACAAAAAAGAGCAAUAUCAGAAAAGAAGCUGACCCGAUAUUUUGUAGAUCAUCGAAGAGUGUGUGUGAUUGGAGGCCACGGAGGAUCGGGUAUUAACUCUUUUCACAGUGAGCCUAGAAAAGAGUUUGGAGGUCCUGAUGGUGGAAACGGAGGAGAUGGGGGCCAUGUUAUUUUGAAAGCUGACCAGCAAAUCAAAUCGCUGGCUUCAGUCCUCCCAUUGUAUCGAGGCUUUCAUGGAGAAAGAGGGAGAAGCAAAAACUGUUAUGGAGCCAAUGGUGGAUACACGUAUAUUAAAGUUCCUGUGGGCACUGUAGUUAAGGAGGAUUGCAAAAUUGUGGCUGAUCUUGCUCAGCAUGGCGAAGAAUAUGUUGCUGCUUAUGGAGGAACUGGAGGGAAGGGUAACCGGUUCUUUCUGUCCAAUGAGAAUCGAGCACCAAUGACAGCCACUCUAGGAGAAUCAGGUCAGGAAAGAGUCCUCCAUCUGGAGCUCAAGACUAUGGCACAUGCAGGGCUGGUAGGAUUCCCCAAUGCUGGGAAAUCAUCACUUUUGCGAGCAAUCUCCAAUGCAAAGCCUGCAGUGGCUCCCUACCCAUUCACAACCUUAAAUCCACAUGUAGGCAUUGUUCACUACCAAGACUAUGAACAAGUGGCAGUUGCUGAUGUUCCUGGUAUAAUAAGAGGAGCUCAUCUAAACAGGGGCCUUGGAUUGGCCUUUCUGAGGCACAUAGAACACUGCCGCUUUCUCUUAUUUGUGGUGGAUCUGUCGGUGUCUGAGCCAUGGAUUCAGCUCCAAGACUUAAAAUAUGAACUGGAGCAGUAUGAAGAAGGCUUGUCAAAGAGACCUCAUGCUGUCAUUGGAAAUAAGAUUGAUCUUCCUCAGUCAAAGGCUAACUUACUACUUCUUAAGGAGCGAGUGGAGCAGAGCGUCAUCCCACUAUCUGCAUUGACAGGAGAUAAUCUGGAGGAAUUAUUGUUGCACCUAAGAGAUUUGUAUGAUGCCUAUGUAAAUACUGAACAAUCACGUAAACAAAAUCCAGUCAAAUGGUAGGAACCAGAGCUCCCAUGAACCCUAAGCUGAAUGGAGGAGGAAAACAACAUUUAUUGCAGGAUGUUCAACCUGUAGAAUUCUUUGCCAGAGGAUGUUGUGAAGGCCAAAACUAUAACAGGGUUCAAAAAGAACUAGAUAAAUUCAUGGAGGAUUGGUCCAUCAAUGACUAUUAGCCAGAAUGGGUAAGGAUGGUGUUCCUAGCCUGUGUUUGCCAGAAACUGGGACUGGGAGACAGGGGAUGGAUCACUUGAUUACUUGUUCUGUUCAUUCCCUCUGGGGCACCUGGCAUUGGCCACUAUCGGAAGACAAGAUUCUGGGCUAGAUGGACCUUUGGUCUGACCCAGUACAGCUGCUGUUAUGUUCUUAUGAUGUAUGUGUAGGAGAAGCAUGGGGCACAGGACACAACACACUGUAAAUUUGUUCUCGAUUACUGCACGAAACAAAUCGAACUAUAAGCAUCUCCUAUUUUUGCGGCCAUUAAAUUUUGUUGGAAAAAG